AUGGGCACGCUGCGCGACCUUCAGUUUGCGCUACAGUUGAAGAUUGAAGAGCUUCGACAAAGGGAUACGCUCAUAGAUGAGCUGGAGCUGGAGCUUGACACCAAGGACGAGCUGAUCCGCAGACUUCAGGAGGAAUUGGAUCGCUACAGGACCACUGUUCCACUUCCAGGACCUUCCACAGAGGGAAGGCUGGAUGUGAGAAAGGAAGGAGUAAAGCUCCACACGAUAUUCCCAGAAGAGGUGUUUGGAGAACUGGCACUUUUGUACAACUGCACACACAACUACUCUGUGUCAGCACAAAUGGACAGCAAACUGUGGGUUAUCGACCGCAAGAGCUUCCAGGCCACGCUGAUGCAGAGGGCUCUCCACAGCCUGUCAGGUCCAGAGGAGCUCCUGCAUUGCGUGCCCUUCCUGCAGACAUUGCCGGAGAAUGUCAUCAUGAAACUGUCAGAUCUUAUGGAAGAGAUGCGUUUUGCAGAUGGCGAGGACAUCAUCAGACAAGGAACAAAAGGAGAUGCAUUUUAUAUCAUCGCGGCAGGACAGGUGAAAGUGACACAGGAGCAAGACAGUGACAAAGACGAAAUAGUCAUGUCUAUACUUUCAGAGGGACAGUGGUUUGGGGAACAGGCUCUUUGGGGAGAGGUACUUCAUACAACGACUGUGAUUGCAGAUGGAGAUGUAACAUGUUUGCUGAUAGACAGAGAGACCUUCAAAGACAUUGCAGGUGAACUGGUAGACAGUCAAGAUGAUUACUGUCAAAGCCAACAUCACACAUUUGAACCUGACGGCUCUGAUGCAGCCUCAUCCUUGGGUCUAAACGAUUUCCAAGUGAUACAGACACUGGCGAUGGGGGAUUUUGGUCACGUAGAUCUGGUGCAGACGAGUGACAAGAGAUGUUUUGCAAUGAGGGUACUCAAAAAGCAGCUAAUCCUCAGCAGUGGUCGACGAGAGCAUGUCCUGAGGCAGAGAGACAUCUUGAUGAAGGCUCAUUGUCCAUUCAUAGUCAGGCUUUUCAAGACUUUCCAGAACGCAGACUGUGUGUACAUGCUGACAGAAGUGGGCUUUGGUGGUGAUCUCCUCACUCUUCUGAAGGAAAACGGUGCUUUGGAUGAAAGCAGCACCGUAUUUUACACGGCUUGUGUUAUUGAAGCUUUGACCUUUCUUCACUGUCGAGGUGUCAUUUACAGAGAUGUCAAACCAGAUAAUGUUGUUCUGGAUGAACAUGGAUACGCCAAACUGAUUGGAUCUGCCUGCCCCAGGAAAGUUGACACAUGUAAGAAAGCAUGGACUUUCUGUGGCACGCCUGGUUAUUUGGCUCCUGAAAUUAUAUUAAACCAAGGACACAGCGUUUCAGCCGAUAUGUGGUCUCUGGGGAUUUUUGUGUUUGAACUGCUCAGUGGUCGUCUCCCUUUCUGUGGCUUUGAACCAUUGAUGAUUCUCACAGAAACCAUCCGGGGCAUUGAUCACCUUGACUUCCCCAAAACAUUCAGCCGAAGUUCCACAAGUCUCAUUAAGAGACUGUGCCGGAACAUCCCCUCUGAGAGACUGAGCAGCCAGAGAAAUGGGGCCAAGGACAUUCACAGGCACAAAUGGUUUGAGGGAUUCGAUUGGGAUGCACUCUGCAGGCAAACAUUAACCGCACCAUUUGUUCCAAAAGUAAAUCUCCCCUUGGACAGCCCUUCAUCUAGUCAUUACCUUGAGGACUCAGGGGAGCAGAGCUGCUCGAGCUGGGAUGAAUUCUGA